AUGGACCCCAAUUGGAACUAUAAAACCAUAAAAUUGAACCCCCAAUUUAUACCUAAACACCGUUACACGAAAUCCCGGAGCUCCAAUUCAAUAUCGCCAUCUCCGACCCGGCCCGGCCUUGCAGGCGUGGCUAGGGUUUACGACAAUUGGGAGCGGCUAGUGCGAGCCACGCUCAAGCGAGAGCAUCUCAGAACUUCCGGCCAAGGCCACGAGAGGACUCCCAGUGGCAUCGCCGGCGCGGUUCCGUCGUCGCUCGGCCGGAACACCAACAUCGAUGCGAUCUUGCAGGCUGCAGAUGCAAUUCAAGCUGAGGAUGCUAACGUCUCCAGAAUCCUGUGUGAGCAGGCAUAUAGCAUGGCGCAAAAUCUUGAUCCUACUAGUGAUGGUAGAGGAGUUCUUCAGUUUAAGACUGGCUUGAUGUCUGUGAUUAAGCAAAAACUUGCGAGAAAGGAUGGGGGUCAAAUUGAUCGCAAUCGUGAUAUUGAACACCUCUGGGAAUUUUACCAAGGCUACAAGCGGCAACAUCGCCUGGAGGAUAUCCAGAGAGAGGAGCAGAGAAUGCGUGAAUCUGGCACUUUUACUGCUACUUUGAGGGGUGAAUUUUUCUAUAAAGAGAUGAAAAGGACAAUGGCUAUCUUGAGGGCAUUAGUUGAGGUGAUGGAGUUGCUCAGCAAAGAUGCAGAUCCGUAUGGAGUUGGAAGGCAAAUUACAGAGGAGUUGCGCAGAAUCAAAAGCACUGAUAAAUCAUUAUCUGGGGAGCUUACAGCCUACAAUAUCGUCCCACUGGAAGCACCAUCACUAACCAAUGCAAUUGGAGUAUUUCCGGAAGUUAGAGGUGCAAUAUUGGCAAUCAGAUAUACUGAACAAUUCCCCAGGCUGCCAGCUAAAUUUGAGAUCUCUGGACAAUGGGAUGCAGACAUGUUCGAUCUUCUGGAAUAUGUGUUUGGUUUUCAGAAAGACAAUCUAAGAAACCAGAGAGAGAAUGUUAUACUUACAAUUGCAAAUGCACAAUCUCGCCUUGGUAUACCUGCUCAGGCUGAUCCAAAAAUUGACGAGAAAGCAAUCAAUGAGGUAUUUCUGAAAGUCCUGGAUAAUUAUAUCAAGUGGUGUAAAUACCUGCGGAUCGGGCCUGUGUGGAAUAGUUUACAGGCAAUUAAUCGGGACAGAAAACUUUUUCUGGUGUCAUUGUACUUUCUGAUAUGGGGUGAGGCUGCAAAUGUUCGCUUUCUUCCUGAAUGCAUUUGCUACAUAUUUCACCAUGUAAGCACCAUCAUAUCUUAUGUGAUUUUUAUGCAUAGAUUCAAUUCCACAUUAAGGCAGGGAAACAUUACCCACCAUGAAUAUAUUCAGGUUGGGAAAGGAAGAGAUGUCGGCCUGAACCAGAUUGCAUUGUUUGAAGGGAAAGUUGCUGGUGGAAAUGGGGAGCAAGUCCUUAGUAGGGAUGUAUACAGGCUUGGUCAACUUUUUGAUUUUUUCAGAAUGUUCUCUUUCUUCUACACAACAGUUGGUUACUAUGUGUGUACAAUGAUGACUGUCCUCAUUGUAUACAUCUUCUUGUAUGGAAGAGCGUACCUGGCAUUCUCUGGACUUGAUCGUGCUAUUGCGAAGCAAGUACAAGUGUUGGGUAACACAGCACUGGAUGCUGUUCUUAAUGCUCAAUUCUUGGUGCAGAUAGGAAUUUUCACUGCUGUCCCAAUGAUAAUGGGGUUUAUACUCGAAUCGGGAUUACUACAGGCAGUUUUCAGUUUUAUCACUACGCAGCUGCAGUUGUGUUCUGUGUUCUUCACGUUCUCAUUGGGUACUAGAACUCAUUAUUUUGGAUGUACCAUCCUCCAUGGAGGUGCAAAAUACCGAGCAACUGGUAGAGGGUUUGUUGAACACAUAAAGUUUGCCGAUAACUAUAGGCUCUACUCUAGAAGCCAUUUCGUCAAAGCAUUAGAAGUGGCUCUUCUCCUCAUAGUUUACAUUGCAUAUGGGUACACAGAUGGUGGUGCUGUUUCUUACUUUCUGCUAACUCUCAGCAGUUGGUUCCUUGUCAUCUCCUGGUUGUUUGCUCCCUACAUUUUCAAUCCUUCUGGUUUUGAGUGGCAAAAGUAUGUCCUUACGCAUUUUGGACUGGAAGAUUUUGAUGAUUGGACCAGUUGGCUUCUUUACAAAGGUGGAGUAGGAAUUAAGGGAGAAAAUAGCUGGGAAUCUUGGUGGGAUGAGGAGCAGAUGCAUAUUCAAACAUUGAGAGGUCGUAUCUUGGAAACAAUUUUGAGCUCGAGAUUUUUCUUAUUUCAAUAUGGCAUUGUUUACAAACUCCAUCUCACUGGAAAGGACACAUCACUCGCGAUAUAUGGCUUCUCUUGGGUUGUGUUGAUACUUAUAACUAUUGUCAUGAUAUUCAAGGUGUUCACCUUCAAUCAUAAAAAGUCGGCCAAAUUCCAGCUGUUCACUCCACAGGGUGUCACGUCCAUGGCACUGGUUGCAGCUAUUGUUCUACUUGUUUUAUUCACUAGACUUUCAGUGGCAGACCUGUUUGCAAGCACACUUGCAAUCAUUCCCACUGGAUGGGCCAUGAUAUGUCUAGCCAUCACGUGGAAGAGCAUUGUCAAGAGUCUUGGUUUAUGGGACUCAGUAAGGGAGUUUGCCAGAAUGUACGAUGCCGGCAUGGGUAUGCUCAUUUUUGCUCCUAUAGCAUUAUUGUCAUGGUUCCCGUUCAUCUCCACCUUCCAGUCUCGGCUUCUGUUUAACCAAGCAUUUAGCCGCGGGUUGGAGAUCUCUCUCAUCCUUGCUGGAAACAAAGCUAAUGUGGAGGUCUGAUCAGCAGGAAAAUGUUUAGCUACUUGAAACUUUCAGGUGAUGGUACAUUUUUGACUGACCAUUCUGGUCUUGCGGUACUUUUGUUUCUGUACAACAUCAGAGUAGAAAAUCGAUUGUUCCUGUAAAUAGAUGGUGUAGAGAAAAUAUUAAUAUUGUAGCUGCGGCUGUUCUGUGUUUGCAAACACAAAACUGACCCAUACUUUUCCAAAUUACAAGCUAGUUCUUUA